AUCUCCGAUAAAUCGGGGCACCUGACUUCCUGUGUUUACAAAAUUCACGGAACGCUGAUUUAGUUGAUGGUUUCGGGACAAAAUAUCGUUAUGAUUCAGCAUGGUGUAUUAGAAAUAGUCGUGAAAACUUCGCAAGUGGAAUAAUUAAGGCAGAUUCCGGACUUUACGAGGGUAUAUUUUUUGUGGUCUAUAGAUUCGGACAACAUGGUGGAUUACACCUAUGACGUUGACGGUAACCCUGUCCGGCGUGUACAGGACUGUUAUGAGGACGCGUUCUGUGACUAUGAAGACCUCGUCAACCCUUUUGUUCUCAAGGGAGACGGAUUUGACGUCACGCUAUCUAUGGCCCGGGGGAUGCUCAGCUGGACUUCAGUCAGUCCCAAAGUGAAGAAGAGCAAAUUCCCGAUGCCGGGAACGGCCACAUUAUCCAAGGGAACAGUCGACCUGCCAUUGAAGGACAUCUAUGGGGUCACGAUUAAACGGAAACGGGCCAAAGGUCAGCUCGAGGGCGAGGGACUGUGCCAGGGUUUCUCGGUGUAUACAUACUAUGAGUUUGGACCGAACUGUUGGAGGGACCUGACCCUCGACUUCGAACAUCCGAGCGAGUCGCUCUGUAAUAAAUACUACGACAGGAUCAGCGAAUUCAUUAAAGAUUUCCCGGGUCGACCUCAUUCGUUAAAGUUUUUCAUGCAGACACACGCAGGCGGUAGAACAGGAAGUCAGCUGUACCGAAACAAGAUAUUGCCAAUGCUGAAGGCCGCCAAUCUCAGCGUCGAUUUCCUGGAGAUUCAGCAUUCGGAACAUGUGAAACAGGAAAUGGUGCAUAUCAAUAUCGACGAUUACGAUUGUAUGGUCGCAAUGGGAGGUGACGGAACAGCCUCGAAGGUUGUGUCAGGGUUGCUAAUGGCAACACAGAACAGAAACGAGGUGGAGAUUCGUCAGGGAUUUACGCCAGUCCGCCCCACGAUGCCUGUCGGAAUCAUCCCCACAGGAACUACCAAUCAAAUUGCUCGUUCUGUUAUUGGUUUGGCGGACCCCAUCACAGCUGUUCUUUACAUUUUACUGGGUUACAGUGUACCGGUGGAUGUGUGCUCAAUCUUCAGUGAUGACAAGCUUAUUCAGUGGAAUUUUGCCUGUCAGUAUGGCUUUGGUGCAAACGCACUCCGAUACGCCAACAACUUCAGAAACAAUCUUCUGCCUAAAAGCAUCGAUGCUUCCAUUUUUAAAGCUGCCUCUAAGAAAAAACUCAAACCGUACGACUGCGACAUUGAGUAUAUUCCGUCAGAAAACCCACCUAAACAUGAACCGCCCACUGUGUGUUAUAGAGGAUGUAAUGUUUGUUGGACGGAGGAAGUUAAAGAGGAAGAACAAGAGGAGUGUAUCGUGCAGCCAUUUAAUGCUCUCAACACUUCUAAUAAUAGCGAUACAUUUGUAGAUCUGUCGAAGGAUGAAAGUCCGUGGAAAGUGUGUAAAGGUUCAUUCCUACAGGUCGGACUUUUCUGCAUCCCAGCACGAAGUGAAAUAGCCCCAGAGGGACUACACAAGUUUUCUCAUCUUAAUGAUGGGAAUAUGGAACUCGUGCUUGUGAAAAACACAAACAGGAAGGACUUUGUACGCUUCCUGAAGCGCCAUGGCAACAGCAAAAACCAGUUUGAUUUUCCAUUCGUGGACGUCAUUCGGGUGAAGGAGGUCAAGUUCCGCCCACGUCUCCCCACCGGAUGGAAACACACUGACCGUCAAUUUCACGAGAUCCAGUAUCGCAUGUCAAAGGUACAACGAGAGAGGUCGAAAGGGAGUCAGAUUCUGGAGAUCGAUGAUGUCGAUGACAAAAGCGAUGUGGGCGAAUUUGGUAGUCCUCUAGAUGAUAUGAGUGAUGAGGAGGAGGAGGAGGAGGAGGAAGAUGACACUAAAGAUUCCAGUCUUAGUGGUAGUAGAAAGAGUUCGGCGGACAGCAACAGAAGUUCGGAGCCGAAGCAGUACAUCAACAACAACAACGUCAUCGUGAACUCCGCCCAUCAAGAUCGUGUUCUGAUUGGCCCGCAGUAUCGCAUGACCUUCGCAGACAUUGACCGAAUGAAGCGUAAAAAUAAACAAAUAAAGAAAGAGGACAAAGCAAAGGCACGAGAAGAAAGACAACUCCGGACAAAGUGGAACUUGGAUAAUGAGCUCAUUAAUAAACAUGAGCUGGACUUCAGAGUUCAUCACGGUCUAAUCUCGCUUUAUGGAAGAGGUGUAACCCCCAAUUCUGUGUUCCAAGAGUACGGCUGCUUGCCAAUAGCCAGAUGAUUGCCCUACCUACUCCAAUCAGAAGCCUCAUCGACUAGCUUGAUCAUUACCAUAGCAACACUAAUCAGAUGCCAUGGAAACCUCUUUGUCUUGGUUGUUUACAGCAUUUUACAGUAACUGCAUUUAAAAAUCUGGGUCAUUUGGAAGUUCGUAAUAGAAGAGGCAUGAUGCAUUAGAGCAAGUGUUAAAAAGACGAUGUAUGACAAUUAUAGCAUUUUUUCUUGAUGCCAGGGGAACCCAAGAAUUCUGAAGCUUUAAAAACAGAUGUUUUCUUUUCCUUUCGUAAAUUCAUGAAUGGGUGCAUGUGUACUGCAUUUUUCACUGAAUGUCUCUGAUAUUUAUCAUCAUUUGGAGUACAUGUAACAUCAUUAGUGACAGUAUUUCUAAUUUUUACUCAAAUUUAGUUUCGAUGCUAAUUUUUGUGAAAAAAUUUCUACAGAAAACAUUGGACCACGGCUUUGUUUAAAAAAAAAUGAAUUCUGCAUGUCUAGUGGUUAAACCUAUCAUGUCAAUAUAAAACUUGCCCAAACCAGCUUUUGUAGGGAAAAAAGAAACUGCGAAAAAUAGCUCUUUCAUCAUAUGUCAGAAUACUGAAAAUGUGUCAUUUCCUAUCAGAUUUAGAAUAAUAUCUGAAUUACUUUGAGAUUAUUAUGCAAAAAACAAUUAAUUCUGAAACAAGAGCAUCUCUAUCAAAUUUGAUGGGUAAAUGAAGAUUUUCAUUUUGAAUAAGGCUUUCGAAGGUUUCAUGAGUUUCUGUCUCAAUGUCUAGUUGUUUGCCCUACAAAACAUUUGAUCGCCCGCUGAUCGUGAAUAAUGGAGAUCAUGUUCGUAGCUGAAUCCACAGGCAAUUGUACCCCUUGAGUUCGAAUUUACCAUUAAAUGAUAAAUUCGAAUUCCAGCGAUAUAAUUGCCUGUGGCUAAAUCCGUCCUUUAUAUGUUUCAUAAUCAUUUUCAUUUUGUAGCUGUUGAGCUGUUUUAACUAAUCUUCACAGUGAAGACCAGCAUUUAGAUAGAUUCAAAGCGAUAUUUGCUCAAGACAAUACAAGUGUCAAAAAAAAUAUUUCAAUGUCAAACAGUAUUACAUGUAUGGAAUAUUCUACUGACCUGCUUAAAUAUUAGCUGACUUUAAACCUUAACACAGACUUAAACAUUACUGAGUUAAACCUUAACACAGACUUAAACAUUACUGAGUUAAACCUUAACACAGACUUAAACAUUACUGAGUUAAACCUUAAAACAUUUACUAAGUUAGAUACUAGCACAGACUUCAACAUUUACUGAGUUAGAUACUAACGCCUUAAACAUUUACUGAGUUAAACAUACCGAAUUAAACAGUUACUGAAUUAAACAUUCACUGAGUCAAACAUGUACUGAAUUAAACAUUUUACUGAGUUAUAUUCUUACUAAGUUAAACAUUUACCGAGUUAAAUUCGUACUGAGUUAAACAUUUACUGAGUUAAACAUGCCGAAUUAAACUAAAUUAGAUUUGCUUCAGAAUGCGAAUCUUACGCAAUGAUGCAACAAAUGAAAGCCUCGAUAAUUUUGUUGAUGGUAGAUUUCAUCAUCCGUGCUGCUGAGUAUUCUAGACUUUGAUGACGUCUACUGGUUAAUGCCAGAAACUUACAGCGUUUAGUAGCGUAGUGUUCUUCAGAAAUGUGUAGCGUUUAGUGAUGUUUACUGGCUAAUUAUCUUCAGAAACUUGUAGCGUUAGUGAUGUUUACUGGCUAAUUAUAUAAAUGUGUAGCGUUUAGUGAUGUUUACUGGCUAAUUAUCUAAAUGUGUAGCGUUUAGUGAUGUUUACUGGCUAAUUAUCUAAAUGUGUAGCGUUUAGUGAUGUUUACUGGCUAAUUAUCUUCAGAAACUUGUAGCGUUAGUGAUAUUUACUGGCUAAUUAUCUAAAUGUGUAGCGUUUAGUGAUGUUUACUGGCUAAUUAUCUUCAGAAACUUGUAGCGUUAGUGAUGUUUACUGGCUAAUUAUCUAAAUGUGUAGCGUUUAGUGAUGUUUACUGGCUAAUUAUCUAAAUGUGUAGCAUUUAGUGAUGUUUACUGGCUAAUUAUUUUCAGAAACUUACAGCGUUUGAUAGUAUUCCACUGGUUAAUAAUCUUCCGAAACGGGUAGCGUUUUGUAGUGUAGCGUUUACUGUUGAUAAUCAUCUUCAGAAACAUACAGCGUUUAGUAGCGUGUACUUGUUAUAAUUAUCUUCAGAAACAUGUAGCAUUUGGUAGCGUCCAUUGACUGCUUAAUUAUCUCAGAAACAUGUAGCAUUUGGUAGCGUCCAUUGACUGCUUAAUUAUAUCAGAAACAUGUAGCGUUUGGUAGCGUCCAUUGACUGCUUAAUUAUCUCAGAAACAUGUAGCAUAAUAAACUUUUUUUCUUUGAUCUGCAUACAGCAUUGAUAGUUUAAAGAACCUGGGUGGCUUAACAGGAGAAAUGCCCUAUAGUUAUGUUCAUCUUUACUAGCCAGGGAUCCCACGUUCUGUCAUUGCUGAUAGAUAGGAAAUUAGCCCACAUAUCUAGUAACUUGUAGGUUUGUUCCAGUUCUAUACAUGCGACAUGUGUCAUGUGUCGAGCUGUGUAUUGAACUGGUUUCAAUUGAUGACGGUGCAAUGAAGGAAAAGCAAUGAUUUGAUUGGUACUCACUAUGUAGUAAGGUUAGUGUUUAGAAUGAUAGAUUAAUUUAAUAACAUUUAUAGUAUUACACACUGCAGGUGCUAAAUAGCGAAAAAGAACAGUGGGGGGGAUAUGUCAGGAGUUUAAUUAAAUUUUGUUGUUGUUGUUGCAAGUAGACCUUGAAACGCCCUUAGUUAUAGCUCAGUUACACCCACAACAUUCCACAUGCUUGAUUAUGAUAUUUUUGGUUGAUGCUGUUCAUAGCUGAACAGAUUGGACGGUCCAGGAUGUUUGAUUGUGCUGAUGCCGUUGAUGCAUCAUGUUAUGAGGUCACAACUUACACGCCAAGUUAUGAUGUCACAACUUACACACCAAGUUAUGAUGUCACAACUUACACACCAAGUUAUGAUGUCACAACUUACUCAGACAUCGAGUUAUAACAUCAUAACUCGCAUUGAAUUAACAAGUCUUAUAUUUAUACUAGGGUAUUUCUGGAUUUGAAUGACAUCUUGUUCAAGUUAAAAACUCAUUUUUUGAAUUCCCAUUAAUUUUUGGAAUUUCAUGUUGGUGCUUAUUUACUAUGAUGUAAAGCAUUUUCAGUUUUGAUCAUUUUUUUUUUUUUUUUUUUUUUUUUCAAGCGUUCUUGAUAUUUAAAAUACAACCGUAUAAAAGAUCUGAAGGUUAUAAUAUGUCAGAUCAUGCUUACAUUGGAAAGUUUCAGAUCUGAUUAAAAUCUUAAACACAAAAAUGAUAUCUUCACCUUUCAUAGUAGAGCUACUGUUUACCAAUUAUUAUUUGUGGCAAAAAUUUGUGAUAUUCAGAAGCACCGCUUUAUCACAAACAUUUCUUUCAUUGUGAAAUAUUUCAUACACAAGGUGUGUAGUUGUGAAUAUCAUUAAUCAUUAUUGAUUCCAAUCAGCAGUUCAUAGAUAAAAGAACUCAUGAAUGAAAUUUGUUUUACAGUCAAUACAUUCCAAGAGUACAAGUGACCAUGAUUACUGAAAUUUGUUUUACAGUCAAUACAUUCCAAGAGUACAAGUGACCAUGAUUACUGAAAUUUGUUUUACAGUCAAUACAUUCCAAGAGUACAAGUGACCAUGAUUACUGAAAUUUGUUUGACAGUCAAAACAUUCCAAGUAUAAGAUUUAUUAUAAUAUUUACAUUUUCAAUGUUUUUGCCUUUGAUAUCUUUACCAAUUGAAAUGAUUGCCAUUUCCUCAUGAAUGUAAACAAGUGCGUAUAAAUAUGUUAUGACAAUUGUGACGUGUAACGGCUGGGAAUUUUAACAGAAAUGAAAGUACAAUGUAAAUAUUAAAAAAAAAAUAAUUUCAUUUUUGAAAAUACGUGAGGAUAAAUUUGAAAAUAAAUAGACAUUUUUUGAUACGCUGUGUGAAGUAUGCUGGCAUACAGCAUCACUCGAUCGUAGCUCAUAAAAUAGUCCAGCGUAAAGCAGUUCAGUUAAUGCCAUCAUGUACUUUCAGAAACUGAAAUUUAUUUUUUAGAUAUAUUUAGUAGACUUUGUUUGAAUCUAAGACCAUAUUUAGUGUGAAAUGUAUUUGUAAUAGUUAUUGAUAGGACUAUGUGUUGCCGCGAUGCCUGGCAUCAAUAGACUGUGUUGCCGCGAGGUCUGGCAUCAAUAGACUGUGUGUUGCCGCGAGGUCUGGCAAAAAUACAUGUACAAGCUGUGUUCGUUUGUUGCUUUUAUACUGUCAUUUACAGUUUGCAGAUGUGCUGACGAUGUAUUUUAUGGAUGUAAUCUGGUUUUUUUUAUUUUUCACAGUAAUUAUGUAUUACCCACAAUCCGUCCUAUAAAUGUGAUUUUCAUUGUUUUAUUAUAAUACAUUUUUUCGGUUUUUUUUUUUUGUUUGGUUAUUUGUUUACUAUGCAUACUAUGCACGUAGUUAAGAGAUAUUACAUAUAUAUUGUACACUGUAACAUCAAUUGUACAUUAUCACUGUACAUGAUUAUCAUUAUAUUGGUAUAUAUUGUAAUAGUGUAACAUCAAUUGUACAUUAUCACUGUACAUGACUAUUAUCAUUAUACUGGUAUAUAUUGUACACUGAGUGUAUUUGAUUUUACAUACAUAUGUAUUUAUAUCCUGUGUGUAUAUUUGAUGAAUGUAGUAAAUUUUAACCCUAAAUUCCCUCCUCCUACUGAAGUGAAAAUAGGAGAUAUUACUCUGUAGGUCUGUUCCGCUGUCUGUCGCAGAUGCAUGGUCAGCAACUCAUGUUUUACUCGUAAAAGUAUCGUAUGUCAAAAUAGCGAUUGAACUCUAUCUACUUUUGACACAUAUGCUUUUUGGGGUCAGGUUGAAAUUUAAGGUCAGUAGGUCACAUUAUGACAUGGGGGGGGAGUGGGUCUAUUCCUUUUAAUAUUUCAAAUUGAGACUGUUUGAUAGUUUGUAUCACUUAAGAAUGACCCUCGUUUUUAUUUAUUUAUUUUUUUCCUCUUCUUUAGGUCACAGGUCAGAAUUACUAGGUCACUGGUGUAAGAAAUGGAUUGUAAGUUAUCUCAAAAAAAAUUUUUGUGAAAUUUGGUAUGAAGGCUGUUCACGACUUCUCGAUCACUGUUAUUGAUUUGCGACAGACGUUCAUAGUAAUUUUACGCCCAUCGGGUCUGGUGAAAAAUGAUUUGCAGAUGAUAAUCUCAAACACUGCUUGUGAACUAAAGAAUGGAAUUUCGCAUGACAAUUUUGAGAAAUUUCAGAUGAGGAGGAGGGGGGGGGGGGGGGGGGGGUACUUCUGAUAUAUACAGGGGGACAGAGUUUGAUGAACCCUAAGUAUACCAAUAGGUAUGUUUAUUGUAACAUAACUUUCAAUUGGAUGAAAUUUUGUAAGUAUUUAGAAUGUUGGUGUAUUUUUGUGGUGUUUCCCUCCUGAGUAUGAAAUUCCAACCCCUGCUGUAUAGUUAUGGUGAUUAUUAGCCAUUCAUAACGGAAGUUUAAAUCAAAACUAAUGAAAAUGAAAGUCACCUCAAAAUUUGAUUCCUGUCAAACUUCUAGGAGAUUUUAAGGAGGUAUACUACAUCAUCAUAAUGGCUGACUUCCUCUUAAAACAGAAUCCGCAAUAUUUGUGUAUUCCAUUUAAAUUUGAUAUUCCCUACUUUGAUUAACGUGUCAACUUCUGAAGUUUAAAUACCGGGUUUUAGUCCAUUAAGUUUUUUAGGUUUUUUUUUUUUUUUGUUGUUUUUUUUAUCGGAUGACUUUCUACUGAAAUUGCAUUUUUUGGAGGGGGGGGGGGUUACUAAAUAAAGUAAAUUUGAAAGAUUUUAGUUUUGAAAUAUUGUACACCUCCACUUUUCAUCCUGGAUACCAUAUUCCUCUGGUGUAUUAUCCCUCCUUAAUUUUUCUCUGUUAUUCCUCCUUAACGUCAGCGGAUCCUCAUGAUACUGGUAGUACGGAACAAGUGUGACUGUAAAUUCUCUCAUCAUUAAGUUAAUGCGACAGUGAAUGCGGCACUGUUGUAAGAUUAUAAACUUCUGUUAAUUUUCUGAUUUGUUAAUCUGAUGUGAUUCGUGUUUUUAUUGUAUGUAUGAAUGUAAUUUAAACAGUAUAUGGAAGAACAAAAUCAUGUGAAUUUGUAUUGAUUUGAAAAUAAAUGUGUAUUCUAUGCAUGUA